AUGAAGAAUUACACUGCUAAUGUGAAGAAGGUGUUGCUGAAUUUUUAUGAAGAGGGGGUGUCGGUGUCCAAAAUUCGCAAAGGCCUGUCGCAUGAGAAAGAGGAGGAGGAGUUGCCCAGCCUUAAGGACAUGCAACAUGAGUUAGAUGAAUUUGGUCGCGUGAAGGACGUUUUAUGGGUAGAUGCAAGAAGUCGGGCAGCAUAUGAGUAUUUCGGGGAUGUAGUUUGUUUUGAUGCUACAUACCUUACUAACCAAUAUGAACUCCCGUUUGCAAACUUUGUGGGCGUCAACCAUCACGGGCAGUCCAUCCUUUUGGGGUAUGCCUUAGUGUCUCGAGAAACCACUAAGACAUACAAAUGGGUUUUCAAGCAGUGGUUAGCUUGCAUGGGAAAUAGAGCCCCCAUAGCUAUUUUGACAGAUCAAGCUGCAUCAAUGCGCAAUGCACUGGCUCAAACAAUGCCAACUGCCAGGCACAGGUGGUGCAUAUGGCACAUUGUUAAGAAAUUUUCUGAAAAGCUUGGCAAAUGCAAGGGGUACAAAGAUUUCAAGAGUCCCUUGAAGGCAAUAAUAUAUAAGAGCUUCACUGUAGAAGAAUUUGAAAGAAGGUGGUGUGAAUGCAUGAAAAAAUUCAGUCUUGAGGAUAAUGAAUGGUUGGUUGGCCUAUAUGAAGAGAGACACAUGUGGAUCCCGGCCUUCAUGCGCGAAUACUUUUGGGCCGGGAUGAAGACAACACAACUGUGGAGAGCAUUAACAGUUUCUUUGAUGGGUUUGUUAAUCGGAAGACAAAACUUUGCGAAUUUCAGGGCAAUGACAAAGAGGGUCCAGGAUGAGAAUGAAGCAGAUGCAAAGGCAACAAAGUACAUGCGGCGACUUGUUAGUGGUUUCCAACAUGAAGCAUUUUUCCAAAAGAUUUACACUGAUGCUAAGUUCCAGGAGAUUCAAAGAGAACUAUCCCGAUUGAUGUACUGCUAUGACAGGGGAGAACAUGUUAUUGAUGACACAACGGUUCGAUAUGUGAUCAAAGAUAGGGAGGAUGCUUCAGCUGCAGAUGAAGAAACCGUACAGCUAGUGAUAGACUCCCUGUCUACUCUCCACAUUGAAGUGAAGGAUCGGAGGCUUUAA